AUGUAAUAAUAAGUGGAACCAACAUUAAAGAAUGUUCUAGAGAAUUCAUCUCUGAAGUGGAUAUUCGUUGGAGGAAAAGGCGGUGUUGGAAAAACAACCACUUCUAGUUCUUUAGCAACAUUAUUUGCCUAGAGUGGCAAGAAAGUAUGGCUAUGAAAUUAUGUAGACAAUAAUAAUCUCUACUGAUCCUGCCCAUAAUCUGAGUGAUUGUUUUGAUUAGAAGAUAGGAAGUCAACCUACUUAAAUUAAGGGAAUAGAGAAUUUAAGUGCAAUGGAAAUUGACCCCACAGUAGAUCCAGAUAAACUCAAAUUGCCAACUCUCUAAGGGUUUAUGAAUGACUAGGCUACAAAGUCCUUGUUAUCUGAAUUAAUCAGUUCAGUACCAGGAAUUGAUGAAGCUAUGAGUUUUGCUGAAUUGAUGAAGUAAAAGGUAAUUAAUAAUAUAGUUCUGUGGAUGAGAUGAAAUAUGAUUUGAUUAUAUUCGAUACAGCACCCACUGGACAUACAUUGAGAUUACUCAAUUUCCCUAAUAUUAUGGAGAAGGGAUUGAAUAAAUUAGUGCAACUGAGAUACAAUUUCUAAAAUUUGGCUUCUUAAUUUUAAGGACUAUUUGGAUCACAAGAGGAAUUCGACCAAUAAAUGAAUCAAAUGUUUAGUAAGAUUGAGACCAUGAAGGACACUGUCACUAAGGUUAAUGCAUAAAUGAAGGAUAAGGUAUAUAUAUAUUAGUCAUAAAUGCAAGAAUAAAACAACAUUCAUUGGCGUUUGCAUUCCAGAGUUCCUUUCUAUGUAUGAAACUGAAAGACUUGUGUAAGAACUAACCAAAUUCAAAAUAGACAUUCAUAACAUAGUUAUAAAUUAAGUGCUCUUCCCAGGUAUAAUAUAUUAGUAAUGUCCAAUUUAGAUGAUCAAUGCAAAAUGUGUAAUGCCAGAGCUAAAAUGCAAAAGAAAUACUUAGAUCAAAUGAUCGAUUUAUAUGAUGAUUUUCAUGUUGUUAUCAUGCCACUCUAAGAAAAUGAAGUCAGAGGAAUUGAUGGUCUCAAACAAUUUUGUGAACUAUUGCUUAAGCCUAAGAGUGUGCCAUAAUUUUGAUUAAGGGGU